GUCCGCUGGUUGUUGCCGCGUGAGGGUUACGUCGGUCCGUGCUGUCGGCUCGGUUUACGUCCCGAAGUCCCGAGAGCCAUGAAAGUAGUCCCGCGGCCCGUACUGUAGUGUUCAUUGAUUAGUGUAUGGAGGUGUGAGUGCAGUGUGUAUGUGUGUGUGUGUGAAUUACUUUAUCAAAAUAGACAAUUUUGUGUGAUAAACUUGCAAAGUCGAUUAAUUUCGACUUUACAAAGUGUGGUGAUGCAUUUGAGGAUAUAUACCCUAUUGAUAGCUGCUCUACUAGUUGGAUAUACAACCGCAGAAGAGGUGAGGCUGAGGAGGAACUCGGUGUCGGGUGACAUGCACGGAGUGCAGGUAGAGGUCCGGAGCACUAGUAAACCAUGGGAGAGCCCCAAGUCCAAGGACGACCUGUAUUUGGACGACGCGGCUGACGGGUCGGGUGACGGCGACGGCGACGGCCCGCGGGGGGAGUUCAAGGGGGACCUAGAGGCCAGCGGCUCCGGGAGCGGCCCCUCGGACGACGACGACGACGAGGAUUACGCCAGAAAAGGCCCUCAGAAACCGAGUCCAGACGUUACAAGUACUUCAGAUAGAAACCGGUUGGAAGAAACGGUCGUCACGAGAACUCAGGCGAAUAAUGAGCAAUCACCUGUGUUCCCUGAGAAGGAUUUGAGCAAUUCAAAUUCGAACCAGGACAUAACGCUGGGCGGCGGCAGCAGCUCAGGCAGCGGCAGCUCAGGCAGCGGCCCCAAGUCGCAGCCUCCCGUCACAGACAUUGACGACAACACCCUCGGCUCCGGCAGCGAAGACGAGCGAAUGGGAAAUGAAGGAGUUUACAUCAUGAGCAACAAACCAGAAGAAAGGGCUGCCUCAUUCUUUGCCCAGCCGGGCAUUCUGGCUGCUGUGAUUGGAGGUGCAGUCGUUGGGCUCCUUUGUGCCAUUCUGGUCGUCAUGUUCAUCGUCUAUCGAAUGCGGAAAAAAGAUGAAGGGUCGUACGCUUUGGAUGAACCCAAGAGAUCACCAACAGUCAACUCAUACUCAAAAAAUACAAAUCGUGAAUUUUUUGCCUGAAAUUGUGAAGUUCAUGUACUUGUUAACUUAUUGAAGAGCAAACUUGUAACAUUCUGGUCUUACAAUAAUUUGUAGUUCAGCAAGGUGGCUUAGAACUACAUGGCCAGAACCAAAAUGACAACAUGUCAAGAAAAGCUUUGACAUGAGCAUAAGACUCUUCAGUUAAUGCUAGAACACGGAGUCUACACUAAACAUAUUCUAGCAAAACACUUCAUGUUUUGCGUGAAUUAAAAUUGUAUCUCUAUGUUCACACAUUUGCUUUUGAGUCUGUUUGCAGCUGCCGACUGGAGAGCAUCUUUUAUUUAUUUUAUAUUUUGUCAAAAUUUUUGUUGUGAGAGAUAUGGUUUUAUUCAACUGAUUGGCUUUUAUUCUGUUUCCUUGUUGUUACUACUGUCCAAAACCUGUGACAAAUUAGUAUUUAUUGGUUCAAAUUGUGUAGAUACUUGUUUGCAGAACGGUCAAAAGAAAAAAAAAAUAGCAGAGAAGGAAAUUUUAAAAAAAGAUUUUUAAUGACUUUGUUUGAUUGAAGGUCGCCAUACAGCACAAAUUGCUCUGGACAAUAUGAAGUAUUGUAUAUGGUGUACAUUGUGGCACCAAUAGCUUGAAUUUGCUGUAAUGUACUGUUAGGAUGAGAUAAUCAAUGAAACGUUGGCACAAAUGUACUUUUACAUUUCAGAUGCUUUAUUUGUAUUGGUUGAAUGUUUGGGACAGACUCACACCAGUUGUGAAAAUUGAAUCAAUACUGAAUCGUUUUAGUUUGCUUAUUUAGGACUGCGGCUUACUUCUACCGUCCAUUUCCUUCUCUACUAGCCCACUCCGUUCAGCUCGAACACUUUUUAGUGUAACUUAUUUAUUGAAGUCUGUCUUUCUUCAGCUUUUUAGCAAGCUUCCCUGUACUUUUUCUCUGUCAAAGAACGAAUUGCAGCAAUUUUUUUUGUUUGUGAUUCUGUUGAGCAACUUCAUUGUAAUUUCCUCUUCAUUUCAUCCUCCUUCUUCUUAUGUUUUCAUUGUUUUAUCAGGAGCUACAGUAUAUUUUUAAAUAAGGCAAGUGUCAUAUUAGCUGCGGCGCAAAAUGUUCCUUUUUUUCUAUCUAGUAUUUUAAUUGAAAGUGUCAUGUUUGCAAGGUUUGUGUUGAAUGUGACAGAAAAUUACUUGAAUAGUUAUCUUGUUUGUGUUUAUCACUUGUGUAUUGUGUAUGGGUGAUUCCUCAGAUUCCGUAGUAGAAUUUUUUUAUGAAUUUCAAAUUAUUAGUUGUGGGUCUUCCGCAUUUGUAUUGUCACCACCUUGUGAUGAAUGCAACAAACCAAAAGGUCAUGUAAUGCUGAUGACUAUUGCUCAAUAUGGUAGCUCCCUUGUGUAUAAAACUAAUUUUCGGCAAUAACAUUUCUUCUGUAUGAUGCA